AUUUUUUGCUUUAUUCCCCAUUUUAUGUAUCUACAAAUUUUCCCACAACACACGGGAGGUGGGAUUCAGUAGACCCCAAUGUGUGUCUUCUUGCCUCUGAAAGUGUUAAAAUAUGUGCAUCCGCCUCUUUGUUUUGUUUCAUGGUUGAAAUAUGACUUUAUUAUGGUUACCAGCGGUCUGCAAGUAAGAAAUAUUUUCAUUAAAUGUUAUAUAGAAAAUUAAUAAUUGCUUUGUGUAUUUCUUAAACCUUGAGAAUGUCCUUCAAACUCAUUUUAAACUCGGCCUUGGCUUGCGUGUGCUCGCCUCGCCCCCGCGUGGAAUUCCAAGGCGCCCGUGCUGGAGUGGCUGGAGUGGGAAUUGGUCGGAAUUUUGUCCAGGAACGGCGGAAGCCUAAUCCUCGUGUUUUGACGUUUUCGGGAUUUAAACUGUUUUAAAUUUGUUUGAGGCUUAUAUCUCUACCUUUUUUCUCGAUAAUUUAACUUUUGGUUUUAGUCAGUUUGGCACGGAAAUGUUGGCAUAGACAACCAAUUAUGUUGGCAACCGGUCUAGUGCCGGCUCGGGUGAGCCUCAAUCCCAAAGCCUGCCGCUGUCUUUGACUCGCUCGUUUUAUUUCAUUUUGAUUUUAUUUCCUACCAUUUAAUUGGCUAAAUAACUUUCCAUUUUGAGGAGGAGUUCUAUCCCAAGUAUUCUUUUUUGUGCAUCUAACGCAUGAUUACGGAUGUGGUUUUCCCAAGACUCAAAUUUUGAAAUUCCUUCGCCGGAAGUCGGUUUUGUGCGCUGCGCAAGCGCACAGCGAGAGCCAAACGGAACUUGUUGAACCGAGUGGUUGGCGGUAACGGUCACGUCUAGCCUGGGUGUCUUGGUUGCUUGUUGCACGUUGUCUGAGUGCUUUACGCUCUGUCUCCUGUUCAAUUCAGUAAGUAAAAUCUGUGUUUCAGUUUUUUAGUUGACGCUGUGUGAUUUGGAGACUGAUGUUUGUUUCUGAGCAAGGUUUACCUCAGAGUGUGUGCGUGAAGGCAACAUGUUCUUCUGCCCCGAACUCCUCCUCAAGAGAGGCCAUCCUUUCUUUGUGGUGUGGAUAGCUGCUACUCAGAAAGGAGAAAGAUUGAAUAAGUACCUUACAACACGAAAGGUCGCAAAGCUCGACGUCUAUCAUGUGAUAGAGGACGUUUUAAGGAGGGUCAUAGUCACAUCCACCAUUCCCAGAAAACUCGCCAUGCAUAACGGAUGUUUCAGUUUGUAUCUAUCCGCCCAGCUUAUGUUUGGGUGCUGUGUUGCACUAAAUAGGAAAGCAACCAUCCUCAUCAAUGAUUUAGGUAGAAUUUCAAAGAAUUUGAAAAAGAUGAGAUUUAGCUCAGAGAAGUCCCAAAUGGUGUUACAAUUUCCCAAUAAGUCUGGCAAGAAAGGAGGUAUCAAUGAGAACAAUAACCCAUUUCAGUUGGCAGGAAGACAGCUGUGUGAUACUCAUGAUGAUUUUAGGAAUAUGUUGGAAACACUCUCUGCUGGAAAUAUUCUUGAAAUCAUUGUGGUUGAUGACGGAGAGCAGGAACCAUUAGAAUUUACCCACUCAGUUCCAGAAAAUUCCAUCACAAUGGAGGAGAUUCAAUUUAGCGCAGCUGAUGAAGACACUCAUUUUGGUGAUGAGGGAGAUGGGGGCCGAGGCUUCAUUGACUUCUUGAACGGGGAUAAGCCUGUUCCAGAAACUCGCCUGGUUAAUAGUGAUGCACUUUCCCAACAUGAUACAAUUGGAGCAAAUUUUGACCAACAAUCAGCAGGCAUUGAGCUCUCUGAGCCUGUUGUGGACCCCUCUAUUGGCAACAUCAGGACCUCCUCUCAGAUAAAUGCCUCUGGUGUAGAUCUCGCUGUAAGUGACUCUGCUCCGACUGGUUCUCUUGAGCCAGAACCAAAGGGUGUUGAGCUUCCUAAGCCGGUUGAGGACCUCCAAAUUGACAACAUCAGAACCUCCUCUCCGACACAUGUCUCUGGUCUAGACCAUGCUGUAGAGGACUCUGCUCCAACUGGUUCUUUUGAGCCAGAACCAAAGGGCAUUGAGCUUCCUAAGCCUGUUGAGGACCUCCAAAUUGGCAACGCCAGAACCUCCUCUUCGAUACAUGCCUCUGGUGUAGACCCUGCGGUGAAGGACUCUGCUCCAAGUGGUUCUCUUGAAUUUGAACCAAAGGGCUUACCUUGGAGAAUGUCAAAGGGACGUUUGAGUGGGAUUGCUUCAGUAAUGUCUUCUGAGCUAGAACUGCAACCCACGCUGCCAGAGCUAGAACAUGAUGCCAUCACAGGGAGAAUUUCAGAACCCCAUUCAGAUGAGAUUGCUCCAGAGCCAGAACAAUCUACCAAUGCACACAGAAUUUAUGAAGACCAUAUUGAGGAAAUUGCUCCAAAUAUUCUGCCUUUGCCAGAUCAAGACGAUAAUGCAGGUACACUUCCUGAAGCCCGUCCCAAUGAUGAUAUUCCUAUCCAGCCCACCCAGAUUCAAGGAGACAGUGACAUGGAGCUGUCUGAGUUACUUGAUGUACCAGCAACUGGAAGAAAACGCAAGAGGCCAACAUACCUUACCAUUGACGAGACAAUUGAGAUCCCUUCUUCAAUAAUACGGAGACGUAUUGAAAAUAUGGCAGGGGAUACACUGAGAAAGGAGGAUUCUUAUGAAGACUGCAUGGCGAUGCUUUUUAAAGUAAAGUGGCUAAAUCUUGAUCAAUUGAGAUUACCUGGUAGACUUGGACUGGGACAAAGUAGACCCCUUGCAUCGUUGUUUUCACGUCAUUUAGUCACUCGUCCAGACCCUCGAGAUGAUGAUAAUUUUGAUUUAGACAGAACCUUAAAUCAACGUGGCCGAAGAGAAUCUUUCCAUGCUACUCCUCAUGCUUCCUCUCCUGUCACAAUUCCCCCAUCUGUACUGGAGAGUAGAAAUCAGACUGAAACCCUAGAUGCAUUAACUAUGUCACCAGAGAGAACAUCUAAGACUGUCCUUGACAAAACUUCAGCACCCCCAGGGGAAAUAGUUGAAACCAUAGAUGCAUUAAUUUCAUCUCCAGAGAAGAUGUCUGAGACUGUCCUUGACAAAACUUCAGCACCUCCAGGGGAAAUAAUUGAAACCAUAGAUGCAUUCAUUUCAUCUCCAGAGAAAAUGUCUGAGACUGUCCUUCACAAAACUUCAACACCUCUAGGUGGAAGAUUUGAUUCUUUGAAUGAACCAUUCAUUGCUAUUAGCCCGUUUGGGCAAGAAGAAGGAAGGCCUGGAUCAUUGAAACGCAGAAGAGAAAAGUCUCAAUCUCUAGAUCAUCUCAUACUACCUUCACCUAAGCGACAAAGUGUCACAGAAACUGUUGUGGAAGUGUCAGCCAACAAAGAAGUUGCUGCAUCAGAAUCUUCAAAGUUUGUUGAAGGAUUUCACGACGAAGAAACUGGUACGAGAGCUGAAGUCGCAGAACUUUUUCAUGACCCCUCAAAUUUAGCAGAUGCGAGAGAACAAGAUGUACUAGACCCCACCACCACUGGCUUGACUAUGAAUUCAGUGGAGAUGGCAGACUCCAGAGCACAGGAUAUUCCAGGCCAUGUUGGCACUGCAAAUUUAAGCGAGAUUUUGCAGGGUCAAGAAACUGUCACUGUCUGCAACUCUGAAGAGGGUACUAAAGCCUUUCCAGAUGAAAUCCCAAUUGAAGGUGUUGAGGAUGCAGAUGGAGGAAGACAAACUGAACCAAAACACCGUAGACAAGAAUCCGGUGUUGAUGUGGAUAAAGAUUCUGUUGGUGAUUCUUCAUCGUCAAGUCUAGGGCCUAAUGUUCUUCAAAAUGUUUUGGACAGUGCCUGUGAAUUGGCUCGUGAAAGAAGUGAAAGCACAAUUCCCAUCGCUGUUUUGUGUCCUCCAUCAACAAGAAGGCGUCGAGCAGCAGGCUUUUUCGGUGCUUUACUUGAUUUGCACAUGAAGAAACAAGUGACUCUGCAUCAGGACAAGGAUGAACUGAUGGUGGGGCCUAUUUCAAUAACUGUUAAUGAAAUAUCCUAGUUCCCUUUCGUGAUGUUUUUUUUUUUUAAGAAUACCAUUCCUUAUUGGCAAGAUGCCUUAUGAUUUUAUUAAGUUAAAACUGUUAACAACUGUUGAUGUAUAUUUGUUGCUCACUUGAAUGUUUUUUUUCUUUGUUUUGUUUCCUUUUCUGCUUUAUGAGCAUUGUUCAAUUGAAGUUGAUCAAACAUUAUCUUUUUGUGUUCUGCAUCGCAUGAAUGUUUUAAAAUAUCGCAAUUUGUUAGGUGAAUUAGAUAUGUUUUAACUUAAUUUCUAAGAUUGUUGGUAAUGCCUUUAUUUGAUGAGCUGGAAUGAUAUCCUGAACAGCUGCUGUUAAUUUUUAAAAUAAAUUAAACUUUAUUUUCAAA